CUCGGUCCUACAUUUAAAUGCUUCCUCCUCGAUCAGUACACCAGCAACCUAUUUUGACUCCAGUGUUGUUACUUCAAAAAAAAUUUGUUUAAAAUUGUGCCAUUGUGCCUUUAGGACAUUAACUACUAGAUACACGCAGCCAAUCGGGGAAAAGAUAACAGAAUGGCAUCCCCUUCUCCUCACGACCGAAGCGCAAAGACCAGCGGCGACGGCGAAGAAGAAGACCCCGUGGAGCAAAUGAUCUCUCGCACGGGCUGCACCGAGCAGCACGAGGCGCUGCAGGACUGCAUGGCCGAGCAUCGGGACUGGCGAGUGUGCCAGAGCUACGUGGGCGCCUUUAAAAAAUGCAUGAGCGACCACCACAAGGCACGGCAGGAACACUUGAGCCAGCGGCAGCGGAUGGCCGACAGUACGCCCACCUGAGAUUACACUCAAGGUGUCUUGAUUGGCUAAAGCAGAGCCCGGACCUCAUGUUGGAUUCACCUCUCUGUACCUUCUGACCCGACAGACUCCCCCCAAAAAUUAGUUGAUAUUUGUACUGUGAAUAAAUAAUUAUUUACAAAAGAC